GUGAACUUGGUCGUCUGUCAUCCUCCGGAGUGUAGUGAGCGAGAGACAAGACAUUUUCAGACGAGAAAAAAUGUUCGCGUUCUUGAGUGUGUAGUUUUAUUACGGCGAAAGCGUAUGAAACUGAGGGAUACGAGAAAAAGUUUCCGCGUGAGGUGUCAUCCCUACUUGAAUAGCUGUCGUAGAGAUGGAACAAAAACGGCAAGAACCAUGCUAAUAUCACACAGAAGAAAUACUGUGCAUUAGUACCAAGCAGGCUACCACAUUUAUAUUACCCAGCAAGCCAGUAGGUACUACCACCACAAGCACAAUCCGGCUGCCAAAAAACUAUUGUAUUCGAUCUGACUUCAGGCCUCGGAUUUUUGAGGGGUUCUGGAUUUUAGUAACCUGAUCUCGAUCACAAGGGAUAGGAAGAAGAGAACCCUCGGGAUCGAACUCAGGUGACUAAGAACCGGAACCAUCGUCCGACUUUCUUUUCAUCAACCCCGCUUCCUUAGUCUUCUUUUGAAGGUGUAUAAAUUAUCCUGAAACGACUCAGACUCAGUAGCCUUGUAACAAACUAAAGAAAAAGAAAACUACACCAAAUGCCGAGACGGUCGUCGAAGUGCUGUGCGCUACAGCGUCCGAUCAUCGACGAUGAAGCGGCAAAAACUGCAUCGCAGUCGAACAAGCGAAAAAAACCUCCCUUAGUGGUGACAACAUCUUCUCCCAACCCUGGUGCUAAAGAGCUGGAUUUUUCCGGGACAGAUGUGGAUGAAAGUUUAUGACAAUCAAUAUGAUAUUGAUAGUGCUCCUGCACGAUUGCUUUUGACCAGGCAAUCGGGUCGUUCUCGUUUCAUAUCAAAAUACUACUCGACUGUGUAAGUUGAAGUUGGAUAUUAUGAUUCAAGAAAUCUACAACAUCAACGACACAUCACCUAAGUACACCUACCCGCACCCCCACCCGAGGCCUCUUCUAAUAAAAAGUGGGGUCGAUGCUGCUUUGGGUCACACGUUUGCAUCUAGUGGCUCCACAAGGCGGAUACUGAUUUCAGGGUCUUCUCCUUCAGCGAUUCCCAUAGUCCGACAUGAAGAACCGCACCCGCAAGACGUUACCAAGACACUGACCUCUGGGGAACAGUUUGAGGUUUAUGAUUUUUGUAUUCUGUUUCUGUUUCUCUUUCUGUUUCUGUUUGCAUCAACAAUAAAUGUUAUGCAUUUAAGUUGUCUGAGUAACAGUGACGUUGACUCGACGAACCGGAAGCAGCCAUCGUAGCAUGAUUCCGCAGACAUGAUGUCUUUCUUGUCCACCUUCUAAUCCACUCGGCCCGUCCUCUCCAUCGAAACACCACAUGGCUUGGUAAAAGCCACGCCCUCGCCAAGCAGUAAAAGCCGUGGGACAGCUAGUCCUAUUAUGGCUCAACUUCCAUUCCUUGGGCAUUGAGGUUGGUCACUGAGACCGAUGAAGAGGCGAUCCCUUGAGAGAACCGGGGAAAGUGAAGGGAAAAGAUGAGAGCUUUGAAGGUGCUCUCUUCCGUUCAGCAUCCGUGACCAAUGAGCGUCGGCCUUUAAUCGUCCUAGAUCGAUCACAUCCCCCACUCCAAGUAGAACCUCUUCUCUUGGCAACAUUUAUUUGAGAAGGCUGUCAGAAGCAACAGCAGCUACAGGAGUAUCAGGUUCACCAGGUCCGGCUGGAGGUCUUCUUCGAGAAAGGCAGAACGACAUCUGCCAGAACAAGAAAACUCUUCCAAAAAGAAGACUUCGAUUUGUCGGAGCUUUUGCAAAAAUUUUUUGCUCAGGAAAAUCGUCAGGUCGUGUAAAAGUAAAGGCACGAAGCGGUCCAGAGCGAACAGCAGAUGAACCUCCAAGGUCAGCAGCAGGCGCCACUGCUCUACUAGAGGGGACAACAGGACCUCCAACGUCAGCACCAGGCUACAAUGUUGCUGCACCGCAUGCUAAGAUGAAAAUGAAUCGACUACAAUUAGAAGAGAAGGAACUAGUUGCUGCGGGUGUGGAGGAUCGGGCUCUGGCGCAGGAGACAGGGUUUAUCAAGGCGAAUUGGCACAGAAAAGGCUCAAGAUCUCUCAUCCUUCUACCAUCAAUUACAGGUGGGGGAGGAGGAGCAGGGAGCACGAAGGCAAAUGCAGCAGCUACUACUGGCACUGCAGUAGUAGGAGAGUCUCAUUCUUCUUCAUCUUCAAGCUCAAGUAAAGGUGGCGGUAUGAAGAGUCUGAGUCUCUUGACUUCUUCCUCUUCUGACGUGUGUGGUGCAGGAGGAGCUCCCAAAAAGAGUAAGACGAGUCUUUUUAGAAGAGCACUUAGUCGUGGAGUCGGAGGUACUAGCUCCUCUUCAAACAGUGGACAAAACGGCGGGACUAGCCUUCCCGACGAUUCAGUAGUAGCGCCGUCUGAUAUCUAAGGCUUUCCAAAUAAUUAUAAUUCCAAACAAUUUCCUUGUCAUUAUUUUUGCCGUGCUUUCAAGGGGGAAAGCACUUCAAAGAUGAAUCAUGACUUGCGUUUCUACUUCAUCUGAGACAGCGGAAAUUUCUCAGUAGGACUAACUGGAGGACUUUGCUCCCUAGAUUAGAACUAGUUGCGACUGCGAUAGUAAUAGAAAAAGGCACGCGAAGGGCUUUCUCCGGACUCUCCUCCGCGAAACCAGUCUCCGGCGUUUCUGAGACCACGGGACUGAAAAAGUCUCAUGUCCGCCGCGGACUUCAGGACUCUUAGACUGCUGAGUCCUGAGGUCCGCCGCAGGCCCCAGAAAUCUCAAAGGCCCCUGUGGAGAACCCGCCUCGUGCAUUUUUGAGUCCAUGGGACUCAAAAAUGCCUCAUGUCCGCCGCGGACCUCAGAAAUCUCAACGCGGCCCUCUGUGAGGAACCAGUCUCAGGCGUUUUUGAGUCAUGGGACCCAAAAAUGUCUCAUGUCCGCCGCGGACCUCAGAAAUCUCAACGCGGCCCUCUGUGAGGAACCAGUCUCAGGCGUUUUUGAGUCAUGGGACCCAAAAAUGUCUCAUGUCCGCCGCGGACCUCAGGAUUCUGAGACUGCUCAAAAUCCUGAGGUCCGCGGCGGGUCUCAGGGGUUUUCCCUGUCCUCGGACAGACCGAGUCGACCCUACUGGGCCUGUCCAAGGACAGAAAAAACCCCUGAGGUCCGCCGCGGGCCUCAGGAUUCUGAGCAGUCUCAGAGUCCUGAGGUCCGCGGCGGACAUGAGGCUUUUUUGAGUGUUGUGGACUCAAAAAUGCUUGAGACUGGUUCUACUUCACAAGGGCCUUUGAGAUUCCUGAGGUCCGCCGCGGACCUCAAAACUGUGAGACUGCUUAUAGUCCUGAGGUCCGCCGCCGCUGCGGGCAUAGGUGUCUGCUACGCCAUUUUCUGCUGGGGCUCUGGGGUGAUGAGUGUUUUUUUAGGAGCUUGAGAUGGAGUUAUUGCGGGUGGUGGAGGCGAGCGCCAACGAUCUGGCAGUUGGGGAGGGCGCUCCUUGGCCGAUUCUUGUGGAAUCUAAUCAAAGGCUGUCCCUCUGAGUUGCUGCGGGGUUAAUCUGAUGCCCCCACUAGAAAUAGCCCAGUCCUAUGCACUGGGAAGCUUCCGCUGAAUUGAGACGCAUUUCCACUAGUCACGAGAUGAAUUUGAGUCUGCUCUAAAAUACCCGGUUACGAAAGCGCAGCAUUAGCGAUCCAGGCGCAGCAUCAUCAGUGAGCGUCUUUCCACCAGGUUUUUGGUACUACCUCGAAGAGCAGACGAGAAGCGAUUACUUGAUACCAUUAAACACGAAGCUGUCUUCCGCAGGGGCAAGCACCUCUGCAGGUGGUUCGAGUUCAUCAACACCAGCACCGGUGGUGUUUUUAAGGCUUGGUUGUCAGCUUGAGCAUCUUCUACAACUUCAUGAUACUACAAUGAAUUGCUAGUUCUCUAUCGCAGUUCGGUAAGUACUUCUCAUUUCGUGCAUCACUCAAUCUCAAAGCAACAAGAACAAAGAAUAAGAAUGCACAUUUUAGAUUUACCCCCUCUAAUUCCAGAGGAGGAAAAGCAGAUCUUAUCGACUUCGACCUCACCUUGUUCCUCAGCCUCAAGUUCGCCGCACACUAGUAGAUUCGGGAAGCAACUACGCCUUAUAUUAAGGCUCAGCUUUCAAUGGUCACCAUUGAGAUUGGGGUCACUGGGAUCGCAGAGAGGCACUCCUUAGAAAACAGGGGAAAACACAGGGAGAACAAGUAGAGGGGUAAAGGGCCCUUUCCGUUCAGCAUCAGUGACCAUUGAAUGCUGAGCUUUAAUUAUACCUGAUAAAGAUGGACAAGGUCCUGCAACCGCGGCGCCCCCAGCAGCAGCCAUACGAGGGCCUCACACAAGCCGGGAAAUGCGGCUUUUCUACGAUAGUGGGAGAAUAUACGCAAACACGAGUAUCAUGAGCAGCACGUUUGGCGAAGGUACUUGAUGUGCUCGUGCUUUUUCGUCUUUAGUAGUCAAUACUCAUACAUCAAGGGGAACAACGCUCAAUACUAGUAAUGGUUUUGAUUCUUUUGAGCUACCCGAAUAGUGAGGCUCUUCUCAUCCAUUGAUUACUACAGACUGGUGUCAGGAUCUCCUACAGUAUGGUCGCGUAGAGUAAUGCUCGCACCAUUUCCCAUUUCCUCGUGUCCUCCACGACUACAUCUCCAGAUAUCUCCAACCUCAAAAAACUGUAGAUGUAGCUGUGGAGCAUAUUGGAGAUAUAUCUCCAAUGUGGAAGUACUGGAGAGUACUGGAGAUAUAUGGUACUAUGUAUAGUGAUAGCGCAUAGGGGUUGAAGUCACUCCAACUGCUCAAUAGUCGCCUCCAGAUAAUACCGCAAUAGGUUAUACUAGUCCUCCGCCACUACAUGAACAGAUAUCUCCAACCCCCGUGUAUAUUACGGAUUACGACAAGUCUUUCCGGAUGUAAAGAAGUGUUUCUACUUGCCCCCGGUGAAGCCCGCGACGCGUGCAGCCGAGAAUAAGGCACUUUUUAUCAUCGACGAAUCAGAAGAGGAAGAUGAACAGGAUGAUUGGUGAAGGGGAUGGAUGCUUGGUGAAGGGGAUCCUUGGAGGACAUUGUGCUUUUUUACCCCCUGGAUCGAUGUGGCAACGUGGAUUUUGAAGAUCAUCAAGCUCGCUUGUAGUACCUCCGUAGUUAUUUACAGCCAUAAUAUGCCAUAGUGAGUUGUUGACUUUGUUUCAAUUUUCCUGAAGUGACCUAGUAGUAGUACAACCGCUGUACUUUUUGUUACUUCACAGCACUUCGUCGUCGUUCUCACAUUUAAUUGGGCUUACCGUAUUUCCUUCAGAAGGUAGGCGGAACCUAUGCGCAGUUUGCACUAGCACUUUAUUACACGGUGAUAAAUUUACCGUUUGAAGCGAUUCUGAACUCAAUUUUGCAAUUAUUUGCUCUUUGAGCUGUGAGGUAUCACUCCUUGCUGUUGACACUAUCAAGUUCACCUUCCAGUUCUUUUUAGACAGCCACCCUAUUGAACAAGAGGACCAACAUGUUGAAUGACAUUGAUAUUUGACAGCACGCAUGAAGAACAUAUUGAGGGACAUUGACAGCACGCAUGAUGAACAAGGCCAUUUAUACUGAAUGACAGCACGCAAAAUAUGCUCUAGGGAAUAGCCUAAAAUUUUUGCUUUUGGUGUGUAUCUGCCUGACGGAUUGAAAUCGCAUCAGCAUCUUUUUCUUUUCCAUGAGCCUCAUUGAGGUGCAACCUACCAGCCUUCAU